AUGAACGAGAAACUAGAACGUGAGGAGGAGUGCAACAGCCUCCGAAGAAUUGCGUUCUUCGGGGUGGCACUGUCGACGAUAGCCACACUCGCGUGCGUUAUAUCUGUGCCGAUGCUCUACAACUACAUGCAGCAUAUGCAAUCGGUUAUGCAGAGCGAAGUUGAAUUCUGCAAAUCACGCUCUAGCAACAUCCUCCGAGAGGUUACUCGAACUCAAAUGCUCGCAAAAGUUGGACCACACCGUAGUACUCGCCAAGCGGGUUACGAUAUCGGAGUUGAAGGAACGUCAUCUGAGGUUCCAGCUGGUGGAUGCUGUGGUUGCGGUGUUGGUGAACCUGGCCCACCAGGACCACCAGGACCAGAUGGCAGGGAUGGAGCCGACGGCCCUCAAGGAGCUCCUGGUAAAGACGCACCUCCAGGAGCAACUCCAUCAGUUAACUCAGUACAAGACAUCAAAUGGUGCUUCAUAUGUGACGAAGCUGAGCCCGGACCACCAGGCAACCCAGGACCCAAAGGACCAGCUGGCAGACCUGGACCACCAGGACCAGAUGGAUUCGGUGGAUCGAGCCCACGAGGACCCCCUGGCCCACCAGGCCCACCAGGACCACCAGGACCACCAGGAGACCAAGGACCAGUUGGACCAGCUGGUGAAAACAUUAAUGGAGAAGGAGAAGUCGGACCACCUGGACCUGCAGGACCACCUGGACCACCCGGACCCGAUGGACCACCUGGACCUGCUGGCAAGGCAGGUGCUGAUGGCAAACCAGGCGAACAAGGAGUUGCUGGUGCAGACGGACAAGCUGGUGUUCCAGGCCCCGACGGACCGAAAGGCAAGGAUGGCGCGCCUGGCAUGGCUGGUGCUUGCGAUCACUGCCCACCACCACGUACAGCAUCUGGUUAUUAA